AUGUCCUACGAGGAGAGAGAGGAACAGCUCAACAAAGUAUAUCGCCGCAUCGACGUGAGAUUGCUGUCAUGGUACCUAGUCGUCACUAUUGUCGUCAGAAUAGCCGCUCGCAACAUUACCAAUGUGGCCAUUCUCAAUGUCGAGCAAGGCACGGAUAUGAAGCGACAGCUUGGCGGACUUACCAGCAACCAGUGGGCAUGGAUACUCUCAAGCCUUUCGUAUUGCGUUCUUCUGUUCGAUCCCAUCUCAACGAUGCUGCUCAAAUACUGCAGCCCGCGAUUGUGGAUCAGCCGCAUACUGUUCACUUGGGUGACCUUCUGGGGAGUGAUAUCGAUGUGUCAAGCAGCCACCCAAACAUUCAGCGGUCUGCUCGCCUGUCGCAUCUUGCUUGGGCUGGCCGAGGCCGGCCUUCUGCCGUGUGUGCUCUUCCAUAUCACCUUCUGGUAUCCAGCAUCUAAGCUGCCUUUCCGAGUUGCGCUUCUUUCCGUCCUAGGGCAGUUCUCCGGUUUGAUUUCGGGUCUGCUGGCCUUUGCGAUCUCCUACAUGAACGGAAUUGGUGGCCUCGCGGGCUGGCGCUGGAUGUUCUUGUUCGAAGGACUACCCGUCAUCUCCUUGGGCAUUGCGAGCUUCUUUCAUCUUCCCAACUAUCCAGACACCGCUCCCUUUCUUAGUGGGAAAGAGAGACAGCUUAUCCUUGAUGAGUUCCCAAAGAGCCAGCCGUCGCCAGAGGCAGAUACGUGGACUUGGUGGCAGUUUGUGCUGAUCUAUGCCUGUCAUGCCAUCGGCGGGUACGGAAUAUCCUUAAUACUGCCCAAUAUCAUUAUGGAUCUGGGUCUUAGAGGCUCACGCAUUACGCAAUUAACGACAAUGCCACCAUCUGCGCUAGGCUGCCUGUUGCUGCUAUCUAUUGCCUGGCGCAUCCACGAACAGAAGUGCAAUCCUUGGCUUUCUGCCUUGACUCUAGAGUCGCUCACCUGUGGCUGCUAUAUCUCUCUGAUCACUGUUCGCAACGCUGUGGGUACCUACAUCAUCAUGUGUAUAGCGCUCGUCUGCACUAUAGGAGUCCUUCCACUGCUGUGGCCGGAGCGCAUCCGCACCGCAAACGGAACUACGUCCACCGGUCUUGCGGUCGGCGUGACCGCGACGAUGGUGCACCUGCUCGGCGUUGUUGGACCGCACAUAUACAACCUCCGCUUCAGGCCACGCUACAGCACAAGCUACUCGGUUGCGCUAGGCCUUUUGGCGGUCUCGUUAUUCUCCAUGGUCUGCACCUGGACGACAAUCCGCCGCAGAGACGCCAAAGCUCGUGCGGAGCGUGCGGAGUCAACCGAGCUAUGA